AUGUCGGCUCAAAGCAACCUAAAGCCCAUCAAGGUGUGGGGCAAGGGCGGCCCCAACCCGCCCAAGGUGGCCAUCAUCCUCAAGGAGCUGGGCAUCCCGCACGAGAUCGAGGACAUCCCCUUCGCGGACGUCAAGACUGCCAAAUACCUCGCCGUCAACCCGAACGGCCGCAUCCCCGCCAUCGAGGACCCCAACACGGACCUUACCCUGUGGGAGUCGGGCGCCAUCCUCGAGUACCUGAUCGAGAAGUACGACACGGAGAACAAGCUCAGCUUCCCUGCCGGCUCGAACGAGUCCUUCCUCGCCAAGCAGUGGCUCUACUACCAGACGACCGGCCAGGGCCCGUACUACGGCCAGGCCGUCUGGUUCACCAAGUACCACGGGGAGCAGCUGCCGAGCGCGAUCGAGCGGUAUGUGAAGGAGAUCAACCGCGUUGUGAGCGUGGUGGAAGGUCACCUGGCGAGGCAGAAGGAGGAGCAUGGCGGCAAGGACGGGUUUGAUGGGCCCUGGUUGGUCGGCAACAAGCUUUCGUAUGCGGAUUUUGCCUUCUACCCGUGGCAGAAGGUCGCCAAACAUAUCUUUGGCGGCGAGGGCGGCGGAUACCAGGAGAGCGAGUACCCGCUGGUGAACGAGUGGGUGGCUAAGCUUGCUGCGCGUGAGUCGGUUAAGAGCUCCUUUGACUGGUAG